AUGGCGCUUCUGAAGGAGGAGCCUUUGGUUGUCGGUCUUGUGGGGUACUAAUGCCAUAUAUCAAGGAUUCUGGCUCCAAGAGGUAGGGCAGAGUUGCAGCACUACAAUUGAUUGGAAAGGUUGCGGAAAAGGUUGUUAUGAGAGAUGGGUUUCUUAAGGAAGUUAUGGGCCGGGAGUUGGAGGCUCUGGUUCCAGUGGUCGAAGGUGGAAUGCAUCAUCUCAAGAACGAGGUAUCAAGAGCCGCUGUGAAGGCUAUGGCCAGCUUGAGCAAGUUGCUCAGAAAACAAUGA